GGAGUCUCAGUCAUGGCCCAGCACCCUGUUGUGCUAGGUGCUAUACAAACAGAACCAAAAUAUUCCAGUCCUGCCUCAGAGAGUUUACACACUAAGUAUAAAACAAGAGACAACAGAUGGAUAAAGACAGACUACUGGGGGGAACAACAGGAACCAAUGAGACGAUAUUGUGUUGUUGCUCAAAACAGAGAAGGCCACCCACUCACUUUUAAUCAAUGAGAAACCAGCACUUGUGAAAGCAGUACUGGAAAUGUGAAAACAGGAAGAGACCAGUGUGUCAUUGGCAAGCCGAACUGUGGAGCAAGAUUUAGCAAGUUCAUCUCUAACGUCCCCUCAGAGCACACAGUACCUCAUGAACUCACUCACUAGACCUGCACACAGUAAACAACUUGGAACUCAGUUUAUCUAUCUGGAAGGGAUGAAGAAUUGAACCAGAACUGCUGGGAUUUGAAAUUAUGCUUCCUGGAGUCUAGAUCCAAACUCAGUUGUGGAAUUGCUCAAGAUCUAAGAUCCAUGAAAAGAACAUUUUCUACAUAACAGAGUGACCAUUUUGAUUUAUUUGAUUUUAAAAUCAAUGAUUGUGUGGCUGUUGUUGACUCAUCUGCUGUGUUUCUUCACUGAAGUUUAAAGAACAGAGUGAUCUUCCCCGUAAUAUUUUUGUAAACACUAUGACUAACUGUAAAGGAAGAUCUACCACUACCAAAAUAAAUGGUAAUGCUAAAGCUUAUGAUGGAGAAAGUUUUGUAAAUUGGACUAUAAAUCUAAAUACAAUUCAGUCUGACAAGUUUCUCAACCUGCUGUUGAGUAUGGUUCCAAUUGUUUACCACAAAAAGCAGGAAGAACGACAUAAAAAAGUGAAUGGUGUCUGGCAAGAUGGAUUACAACACACAGGACACAAUUUUAAUGUUAGAUCGGAUCAACACACGGAGUACCAUCACUUCUCAGAACCAGCUUUUCAUGGUAGUAAUGGACACAGUCCAUCUAGCUGUAGUCCAAAGUAUGAUGACUUUGCCAGUUAUAAUUAUUGUGAUGGGAUGGACACGUCAGAAACAGAUGCCAUAUUGCAGGAUGACAACUUGUCUAGUGAUGGUGAUGAAGAUGCCAUUGUGGAAAGGAGCAGAAAGCAGCCAAAGGAGUCCAGCAGUAUUAUGGCAUUACAGAUUCUUGUACCAUUUUUGUUAGCAGGAUUUGGAACUGUUUCUGCUGGUAUGGUUUUGGAUAUUGUGCAGCAUUGGGAAGUGUUCAGAAAUGUUACUGAAGUUUUUAUCUUGGUUCCUGCACUACUUGGUCUCAAAGGUAAUUUGGAAAUGACCUUGGCAUCUAGACUAUCAACUGCAGUAAAUGUUGGGAAAAUGGAUUCUCCCAUUGAGAAAUGGAACCUAAUAAUUGGCAAUUUGGCCUUAAAACAGGUCCAGGCAACGGUCGUUGGUUUUCUAGCAGCAGUGGCAGCAGUCACACUGGGCUGGAUUCCAGAAGGCAAAUAUCGCCUUGAUCAUUCAAUCCUUUUGUGUUCUAGCAGUGUAGCAACUGCCUUCAUAGCAUCUCUUCUACAGGGGAUAAUAAUGGUUGGAGUUAUUGUUGGAUCAAAGAAGACAGGCAUAAAUCCUGACAAUGUUGCCACACCUAUUGCAGCGAGUUUUGGAGACCUUAUCACUCUUGCUAUACUAGCUUGGAUAAGUCAGGGUCUUUAUAAUUGCCUUGAGACAUAUUACUAUAUAUCUCCUUUAGUUGGUGCCUUUUUCUUGGCUCUGACUCCUAUGUGGAUUGUAAUAGCUGCCAAACAUCCAGCUACAAGAACUGUUCUCUAUUCAGGGUGGGAGCCUGUUAUAACUGCUAUGCUUAUAAGCAGCAUUGGUGGCCUUAUUCUGGACACAACUGUUUCUGAUCCUAAUUUGGUUGGGAUUGUUGUUUAUACUCCAGUAAUCAAUGGUAUUGGUGGUAAUUUAGUGGCAAUUCAAGCUAGCAGAAUUUCUACCUACCUCCAUUUACAUAGCAUUCCUGGAGAGUUGCCAGAAGAAGCAAAGGGUUGCUAUUACCCAUGCCGAACCUAUUAUGGUACAGGAGUAAAUAACAAAUCAGCCCAAGUUCUUCUCCUUUUGGUGAUUCCUGGGCAUUUAAUUUUCUUGUAUACCAUCCAUUUAAUGAAAAGUGGUCAUACCUCUUUGACUCCAGUUUUUAUAGCAGUAUAUUUGUUUGCCGCCCUGCUACAGGUGUUUACUUUGUUAUGGAUUGCUGACUGGAUGGUGCACCACUUCUGGAAAAAAGGAAAAGAUCCUGACAGUUUUUCUAUCCCUUACCUUACUGCGUUGGGAGAUCUGCUUGGAACUGCCUUAUUAGCUAUGAGUUUUCACUUUCUGUGGCUCAUUGGUGAUAGAGAUGGGGAUGUUGGAGACUAAUCAUUCAGAUGGACGUAUUGUUCACA